CAAAAGAACUUGCAAAGCAGCUACCAACCAUCAAAUAGAACCCUCCCAGGGUUUUAAACUUCCUCUGUUUCUCUGUCUCCAAAAUAUAUCAUAUAUUCAAAUCCCACUCUGAAUCGGCCCACGGCCGGACUAUAAAAUCCUCCAUAGCCCCUCUCCUCUGUUUCAGAGCUUCACAGAGAGAGAGGGAGAGAGAGAGGGAAGAGACGGAAGAGAGAGAGAGAGAGAGAAAGAAAGAGAUGGGAGCGUGCGCCACGAAGCCGAAGGUGUCGAUCUCCGACAAGGCCGCCGUCGAUGCUCCGGCUCCGGCACCAGAGGAGGUUGUGGCAGGAGCAGAGUCUGAGACCACGGUCGAGACAGGGAAAGUGGAAGAGGUGGUGGUCGCGGCUGAAGCAGAGCAGAGCGAGAGUGUAAAGGAGGUGGUCGAUGUGGAAGGAGACAAUAAACCCCGUUCUUUGAGUCUCUUGCUCGAUGAGGACGAUCAAAAGGCCAAAGCAGGAAGCGAAGUGACGUCCUCCGAGACGACAAAGCCACUGGAACCGUCGUCGGAACCCCAACCCGAAACAGAAGAAUCGGGGACCAAGCCACCCGAACCGCAAGAACCGGCCCCUGCCGUUGCUGCCGUCGAGAAAGAGAAAGCAGCUGAAUCUUCACCUGCUCUGGCGAAGGCGCCCACCGAGAAGAAAACCGAACCGGCCGAAGCGAUCGCCAAGGAGGAAGCCAAAGAGUGAUAAUGCAGGGCUUACUGGUUGGCCGGAGGAGCCCCUAGUCUUGAGCUUGUGGGUCCAUUGCUUGUUGUCAAAUAUUUUCUUUAUUUCUGGGAUUGAUCAUAGCGUUUUGUUUAAGAUAAUUUGCUAGGAAUUUGUUUUAAUUUUCUCAUGAGGACAACAAUGCAGAAGCAUUUGGAGCCUUUGUUUUCAGGUGGGUUAUGGGAUAUUGGUAUUUUAUUUAUAUUCCCUUUUAAUUA